AUGUUUGAUUGUAAACCUCAUUACAUUAAUAUACUUCCCCAUUUCAAUGGGAGGUCUAAUGAUGAGCCGUACACGCACUUGGCGGAGUUUUCAUCCAUUUGUAACACUAUCGGGGGGCACAACUUUGCAUUAGAGGAGGUCAAACUUCGCUUGUUCCAAUUUUCGUUGAAAGACAAAGCAAAGCAAUGGUUUCUCACACUUCCGGCGAAUAGCAUCCGGACAUGGGGUGAGAUGCAACAAGUAUUUUUAGAAGAAUAUUAUUCGAUGGCGAAGACCGACGACGCUAGGGAUGAAAUAAGGUCGUUUCGGCAACUAUCGAGUGAACCGUUACAUGAAGCGUUCACUCGAUUCAAAGAAUUGAUGCGGAGAUGCCCACAUCACCAAAUAGAAAAGUGGGAAUUGGUGAAGUGCUUUGUACGUGGUUUGGAUGACGCGACAUGGAAUCGCCUCGAGUCGACGAGCAACUGGACUCUUUUGAGCAAUCAUGAAGAUGACGAUUGGGAAUUUCUUAAGCGGAUGAGCAAACGGUCAAAGGAAAAGGAAUCGGCCGAUAGAGCCAAGAAACAUCUCGUUUCCCGAUCACUACCCGAUCUUGAUUCUAAGGAUCGGAUUUCCACUUUAGAACGGGAAAUGGCUCGUAUGAAAAAGAAAGAGGUGAAUGCGGUCCAAUUCGCGGUGUGUGAGGAUUGUGGGGAUAUUGGCCAUAGGACCGAUCAAUGUCCAACGGGGCCGGGUGAGUACACCGAGGAAGUCAAUCAAGUGUUCGGGGAUAGAAAAAAUAAUGAUAUGAAUUCGAACACUUAUCAUCCCGGAUUGAGAAACCAUCCCAACUUCCGAUAUGGGAAUGCUGCGAAUCAAAUGAACCCAAAUUUUCAACCGGGUAAUCAAAGCGGGUCAUCGUAUCAAAAUCGCCAAGGUGGUAACCAAGGGGGCUACCAACGUAAUUACAACCAAGGUUACCAAGGCCGGGACAGUAAUUACCAAGGUGGGUACCAAAGGAAUUACAAUAAUCAAGGCGGUAAUGGAAGCGGGUCGAACAAUCAAACCGGUGGUGAUGACUUGAGUGCCAAAAUGGAUGCUUUGUUAAAUAUGCAAAAAGAAUCUCACAAUGACAUUAAGGAGAUAAAGAAGACAAACGAGAUUCGGUACAAAGCACAUGAGGCAUUGGCAAAGCAAGUGGGCUAA